UCGAUGGUCCCACCCCCCAUGCGUUAGGGUAUAUUUGAGAGGAGAAGGGAAUAUAGCCGAAAAAAAAUUAAAGUUAUCAAAAAUAAAUUAAAUAUCAAACGAUGAAUGCUAAAUUGAUAUAUCCAUACUCUGUUAAGCGACAUUUUGGGAUAUCCGUGCGGAUUGAUUAUGGUGAUAGAUAUUUUGUUGUUUAGUAGGAAGUCGGCCACAUCCCUGUAUAUGGCCAGGGAGUGAGCUCGGGUUUAUAGGCCUUUGGUUGAUCACCGACCUGCAGUAUGGAUACUGAACGGUGAAAGAGAACCGCAGCGCGGCUUCACUAGGCAGCGGGGGAGGCUAGCUACACCGUGAUAAAUAUAACAGCCAGACGCUUGUUUUUACUUUGUGUUAGCUAGUUGCUAUAUAUUUUUCUAAAUGGUGGAAUAAAUAAAAAAAGAACGAAAUGUAUGUUAUCGACGACGAAGUGUUUAGUUUAUAAAAUAAUUGUCAUCGUAAGGUUACUUACCUUACCCAGAUAAAUAAAACCGGCUAGCUAGCUGACAACCAACUCCUCUGCCUCAGCUGCUGUCCACUGAUACAGGGUAGAGAAGGAGCAGUCAGGAUGGAACGAACGGACAGCAUCCAGCUGGACAUCCCAGACUUUAGCAACUCUGUCCUGUCGCACCUCAACCAGUUACGCAUGCAGGGCCGCCUGUGCGACAUUGUGGUGAAUGUGCAAGGCCAGAGCUUCCGGGCGCACAAGGUGGUCCUGGCUGCCAGCUCACCAUACUUCCGCGAUCAUAUGUCACUGAGCGAAAUGAGCAGCGUGUCGAUUGCUGUGAUCCGAAACCCUUCCGUCUUCGAGGAGCUGCUCUCUUUCUGUUACACAGGCCGCCUUUGCCUGCAGCUGGCCGACAUCAUCAGCUACCUGACAGCAGCCAGCUUCCUGCAGAUGCAGCACAUCAUUGACCGCUGCACACAGAUCCUGGAAGGCAUACACUUCAAAAUCAGCCUUGCUGAUGUAGAGGCAGAACUAGGGAAUGCAGAACAUACUCCCAGUGGGGCACCCAGAGGUCUGGAGCAAGGGAGGGGGGUGGCAGGCGUGAUUUCAGGAAAUGGGGCAUCCAUCAGCCCACGACAGGGCAGCUACAGGGCUCUCAACACACGCCGUGGAGGGGGAAGCAAGGAUCUUCGGGAUGUGAGAGAGUUUCGUGAGGCCAGUCCUCUAGAUGAGUCCAUGAGUCCACAGAUAGUGGAGCACAACACUUGUGGGGCCGGAGGUCUUGCUGGAACAGGAAGCGGUGGGGGAAAGGAGCACAUCCUGCGUAUUAACCGUGCCGGGCAGUGGUAUGUGGAGACUGGCAUGGAGGCCGACCAUGGAGGGGAUGAGAACGUGCGGAUGGUGGAGGGGUUGCGGAUUAAGACGGAGCGACUGGAGGACUGGAUGGGGGCAGAGACCCAGGCAUCCGGAGAAGAGGGGAGCAGUGCAGAGGAGGUCCCCACCAUGGUGAUUAAUACCACAGGGCAUAGGAUGGUCUCCCAGGAUGGCUUUACUGCAGGGACAUCAGGGGCAAAGAGCUCCCAGCCAUCAAGCAGCAUCAGUGAGAGAGACAGGUUCAGCCCAACUGGCAGUGUGGUGCUGACAUUUGAGCGGCAGAGAGCCAAAAGUGAAUCUUCAGUAAGAGCAGAUGAGCAGAGGCAGCCCACUUCACAGGGGGAGGAGCAGGCCAUGUUUGACAUGGGAGGCUACGAGGAGUAUUUGCGGGAACAAGUAGGAGAUCGCUGGUUCCGAUACAAUCCACGCCUCACUUGUAUCUAUUGCUGCAAGUCAUUCAAUCAGAAGGGUAGCUUGGACAGGCACAUGAGGCUGCAUAUGGGCAUCACUCCGUUCGCCUGCCGCAUCUGUGGCAAGAAGUACACGCGCAAGGACCAGCUGGAGUACCAUAUCCGCAAGCACACAGGCAACAAGCCUUUCCACUGCCACGUCUGUGGGAAGAGCUUCCCCUUCCAGGCCAUCCUAAACCAGCAUUUUCGAAAAAACCAUCCUGGUUGCGCCCCCCAGGAGGUCUCCCACAGCACUUCCCCUGAAACCACUACCGUCACCUCACGGGGUGGGCCAAAUGAAGAUGAGUCACCCAUUCAGGAGGAAGCCAGGGGGACCAGCGUUACUGAGGGCAGCUCCUUUGGUGAGGCCGUUCAACCUUCGGUGUCCACCACUGGUCCAGACUGAUGGGGAAAGUCAGCAAGGAACAGUUCCCACAACAGUGCGGUUCUGUUUGUGGUCACACUACAAAUAGCAGCUCUCCUGUCAAGGACGUCUGAUGUUUGGGGGGAGGGGGGGAGGGCAGAUUAGAAGAUCAACAGAGAAGUUAGCUUGAUGUGUUUAAAGGAAUACUUUGGUUUCCAUGAAUUAAGGAAACAGGCCCUUUUUGAAAGGAGAGAAUUUUCAAGAUGUAGACUUUGGCAUGUGACAUAUUUUUUAUACUUGGUCAUCAAGAUCUUAUCAAAAAAGAACUUUAACAGAAACCAUUUUUUACAGUACCUAUAUUUAUACAUUUAUAUUUCAAAACCACAUCUACCUUCAAUGCAAACAAAACCAUACUCUGAUAAAGCUAUCAACUGAAGAAGCACUUCUGUAACCUCAAACUUUUUUGAAAAUAAUAUUUGUUUGCCUUCCUCUGUCUUGUACUUAAGUUAUCAAUUUUAGUCCUGAAUUUUAUUGUCUCAUUGGGAUCGAUAAUGUAGCAAAAUAAGGUAGUGGUGUGUCUAGCUUAAGAGCUACGCAUUUUUGAAACAUUGCCUGAACCUCCAGUGCCAUGUAAAAUGAGAAAAAGCAAAAUUUUACAGACAAAAAUUGAGUUUUUCCCACAGUUUAUGCCUCUAGACAAUCGUUGUGUUCAAUAGCACAGGGUAAAAAGAAAAAAAAAAACAACUACUUUUUUGAUUGUGAAGCAGAUCAU